AUGAUUUCACACAUUUUGUAUAAUGGUUUGUGACAAUAUGGAUAUAAUUCGAUGCGUAUAAGAAUGGUCGAUGCUCAUAAUGUUUGCAUUUCCUAUUUUGUUGAUUUUGACAGUGAUGUGUACGACUGUUUCCUACCAUUUACAAUGUCCAGAUAUAUCUCAGAGAACACUAAGGGCAUCAGCAUAUUGCUUAAGCAGUUUCAGAUCGGAAUACACAUGUCUUUUUGAUACAAAUCGAUUACGGUUUUCUGAACAGUGUGAAAAAAAUCAAGAUUAUGUUACCCGAGGCGAAAAAUAUGUAGUAACCGGUCGCCGUCGAAAUGUUGACUGUUCGUCAGAACGAUAUCAACCUUUCCCAUUAUGGUCAAAUGUGAGCGGAGUUUGCCUGUAUCAAAAGACGAUAUGUAAAGGAGAGGGUCAAGUUCUAUAUAAUAACGGUACCCUCAUUUCAGAUAGAGCUUGCCGUUGCGAUUAUACCAAAGGAUAUAAAUUUAUAAAACAGCCGAAACAAAAUUGUUUUUGUAUACCAUCAGCUGAAGAUUGUUCCUGUUACUUAAAUAAAUGCGCUGUUGGCUUUACUUUAUCGCCAGAUUAUGAAUGUGUCUAUGAAGAACACGAUAAUGAUUCAAAAUGUCCUGCAUUACCUGCAUCACAGAAUAAACGCGGAAGUUGGCAGCAAAUCAAUACAAGAAAUAACGGUAAAACCAUUCACAAGAGCUACAAGACAUCUUAUGUAAAUACAGUCGUGGCGAUAGGCUUUGUUAUUUGCCCGCUGUUGCUUUUAGUUAUCAUAAUUCGGGGUAAAGUUUGGGAACCUUAUAGUUAUACCCUGAUACCGGUACUGUUACUUUUUGCUGUGCUUUUAACUAGUUUUGUUUUAGUCCUUAUAUUUGUGAAACAUUGUCUGAAAAUUGUAGCAAUAGGAGCUACCUUGUUAGGGGUUUGUAUAAUUUUGGGUACUGUUUUUGUGGUGUAUUGUGCUUUCACGCAUCAAUUAGUUAAGUAUCCACGUGUUUAUGAUGAAUAUUACGAGUUACAGAUUUAUAAAUUACUCUUAGCAGCUUCGAAAGGCGAUAUUAAAAUGUUAAGAAGAAUAAAAUACCAGAACUACAUUAAUAUGAAUGAUACAGAUUGCGACAAAAGAAGCGCAUUGCAUUUAGCGGCAUGUGAGGGAUAUGUUGAUGCAGUGAAAUACCUAUUAAAUAACAAUAAUGUCUAUCAUAAAGGAACAGACAGGUGCUUAGGUCAAACACCUGCCGAGGAUGCAAACUGGCACAUGACACAUACCAAUACCAAUACACCAAAAGGAAAUUUGGACACAAUAAUUUGGCUUUUAAAGAAGCAUACAGGUUUACAGAAAGAUAGGUAUCAUUUUAAAGAUAUUGUUGCAAUGGAAAUGAUCAAAGCAGUCGAAAGCGGAGACGUUACAGAAUUGCAAAGAAGGCAAGAUAUGAAAACGGAUAUGAACAUAUCAGAUCAUGAUGGUCGAACGGCAUUACAUGCGGCGGUUCAAUGGAAUCAAGAAAAAGUGAUAGACUUUUUAAUCAAGUGCAAGGUUUCGCCUUUUGUAAGAUGGAGGGGCAGACGACCAGAAGACAUUAUAUCUGAACCUGAUAAAAAUCCGAAUACAUCCAAAAAUAUAGCUAACAAAUUGAGGAAUUAUAUGGACAGACAGUUAAAACUCCAGUCUGAUGAGCCUAAGAAGGAAAACGAUUACGCUGAUGACAAGGAUUUAAAGAUUGUCCGAAUAUUGAGCAGUGCUUUACGAGGAGACAUUCGUCUCAUGAAACAAUACAAAGCAGUUGGUUAUUGUAUGACGGUUUCAGAUUAUGACAAAAGAACAGCACUGCAUAUAGCAGUGAAUAAUAACCAAGAACAUAUUGUGGAGUUUUUACUGAAUGACUGUGGGCUGACAGAGGAAGCAUACACAGCUGAAGAUAGGUGGAGGAAAACACCGUUUCAAGCAGCCAUGAAAGAAGGAAGAGAACAUAUACUCAAAAUGUUUCUGGAUUAUUGUCCGAAUUUACCAAUCCCGACGAAUGCCAAAGAAAGAAAACAUUGUAUUGUAAUGGCUUGUGUACAUGGUGACUUAGAACGACUUAAAAGAUACAAAGCAGCAGAAUGUUGUAUGGCGGUUUCAGUUGAUGACAAAAGAACAGCACUGCAUAUAGCAGUGAAUAAUAACCAAGAACAUAUUGUGGAGUAUUUACUGAAAGAGUGUAAACUGAUAGAGGAAGCAGACACAGCUCAGGAUAGGUCUGGUAUAACACCGUUUAAGGCAGCCAUGGUAGGAGGAAGAGACCAUAUACUUCAAAUAUUUCUUAAAUAUUGUCCGGACUUACCGAAUCCAACAACUAAUGAAGAAAUAAAAAAUGCCAUCUUUAUGGCUAGUAAAAAUGGUGACGUACAAAGACUUAAAAGAUACAACCAGAAAGGCUACAAUAUGAAGAUAUCAGAUAACGGCAAAGAAACAGCACUGCAUAUAGCAGUGAAUAAUAACCAAGAACAAGUUGUGGAGUUUUUACUGAAAGAUUGUAAUCUGAUAGAUGAAGCAGACACAGCUGAGGAUAGGUGGGGGGAAACACCAUUUGAAGCAGCCAAAAAGGAAGGAAGAGAAAACAUACUCAAUAUUUUUACGAACAACUGUCCGAAUUUAGUAAACACUACUAAUGAUGAAAAGAGCACAUUUUCCUUAUUAAUUGCUGGCGAAGAGAAUGACGUAAACAAACUUCAAAGGUUAUAUAAUGGAGGAGGGAGUAUAAAUAUGCAGAGUUCCAAUGGUAAGACAGCAUGGCAUGUAUCUGCAGAUAAAUGGAAUAUUAACGCAAUGGAGUAUUUGACAAACAUAAACAAAAGCAAUGACAAUAAACAAAAAGGUGUAAUUAUAACCUGUAAAAAAGAGGACAUGAACCUUAGCCAGACAGACAAGUGAUUUCAAGAUGAACUUUAUGUAUUUGGAGAAAAAAAGCUAUUAAACUUUUGACAUAUAUUUCACAAAUCGAUACAAAGCAUUCUUGAUCAUAAUUUUACCUUUGCAUGGAGCAUACAAGACCAAACGUUAACUUUAAAACAAGUCUUUGUCAAUUGGGACAGUCCAUGUCGACUUUAACGUGUGGGCAGGAUUUGUUUUAUUCCAUAUUUACUUUAGCGUCUCGCGUACAAAAAUUAAAUUAUGGUAUGUAUGAGGAGUUUAUCAAGUACCAGACCCAACAACUUUACUUCUUUGGGAGUCAUAAAUGCAUUCUUAUAACUAGAUCUGCUUUCAGGUUAACUUGACAUUGGCUUCAGUACCGAUGAAAUCAGUUAUUAAGCCAUUUACAAGUUAACCUUAAACAUUCAAAAUGUCUGGUCAUCAUUAUAACUUGAUCUACAAGUUAAAUAUCUGUACAAGAUAGGGAAAUACUAACUUUUUAGUUUGUUUCAUCUUUGUUGAUACAGAUCAAUGCAGCAUAUCAUUGAGGUGUAAGCAUUUAGAUUUUUUACACAUAAAUUGUUUGUGAUGUUCAGUUUUGGUUCAUAUGCGAAACAGAAAAGAGGAGCAUUAUAGAGUACUUGACACUCCUACUUGAAAAUUUGAAUUGCCUAAAUUCUUAAUAAUCCUGUUUGAUUUGGUAUGUUCCACCAAGCUUUGUAUAUGUUUCUUGUUACAAAUAUUUAAUAUCAAUUUGUUUGAUCAGAUUUGAAAAUCCAUAUACUACUGUUGUUUCCUCUUAUUUAUUACCCCCGAGCUUUAUAGUAUACAAAUAAGUAACAAAAUACCUGAUGACAUAUCGCCAAGGAUAACAAAAAUGUAUCAAUCGGAUGUUGUCAAUGGCACUAGGUGUCCCAAAUAUAACCUGAAAGUAUGUCAUGAAUACGUCCGUUGCUCACAUUCAUCAUUGUGCUACACAAAGUCAGAUACGUUUGUUUAUAUUAAUGUCAUUACGAUACAAUUUCUAGGUAAUUAGAUUUCAUUAACAACUGGGAACUUUGUUUUAUUUCUAAAUAGUGUCGUCAAAAUGUUAAACCUGUCAUAUUCUUUAUACUGAUAUCCGUUUUUAAAGUAACUUGAUCAUUACCUCUUACAUUACACCACGAUCGGGAUUGUACUACCAUUAACAAUGUAAACAGUUUUAGUGUAUUACUUGUGGACUGUUCUGUUGAUCGACUGAAAUUAAGCGAAAGAAGGAAUGAGCAAUGGUCUAAUGAUGUCGAUCCUGAUAGCAAUAAAUUCCUCUAUCAACACUUUUACGAUUAUUACAGUGUUUAGAUGAAAGUCGUGCUUAUAUAGUUAAUGACUCUAUCGUGAGAACACAAUAUCGCUGAUAAAGAAAACAAUUUUGGAUUCGAGAAUUAAAACAGCUCUUCCAUUCGGGUACAUAGACAAACUUACGGAUGUAGGUAUACUGGUUCUUCGUAUAAAGAAGUGUAGUGACAAAUCAAGAAAAAGUCGCUUAUGUUAAGAGUUUAAUGGACCACCAUACCUCACGACUGAAAAUCCAAAUAAGGAUAUAGUAAACAUUAUACUAUCUAUUUAGCCCUGUUGCAUCUCAUAUUAACUGUUUAUUUUCUAUCUGAAUAACUUAUGUUGCGUUCCCUUCUCAUAAUUUGCCCGAUUCAUGAUUUGAAUUGUUGUUAACACUAAAUGAAAUUGAGUUAUGUCGUGAUUUUUGCAAAUACGAAUAUAAAUGAGCAUCAUUUUUUUGUAUUACUUUUUGACUCAGUUCAUUUGUUAAUUUCAGUAGCAUUUGAGGUAUUUCAUUCUUGAGAUUUAUUUACGGUGAGAUAAAAUUAUUUCCACAUCGGAAUGGAACCGAUUUAAUACGGAAACUUUUAAGCUUUUUUUUUUUAUUUCUUUUUUUUAGAUUUGCUCAACCAGUGCAAAAAUGUAAUGGCAAUCAUGCAUUUUUGGCAAUAUUGCUAUCACUUAGCAUGUGCCAAAGACAACAUUAGGAAUUAAACCACUAAUGCAUAGCCCCAUUGCUUUCUAUGUUAGAUUCUGCAAGUCUUAGCAUUAAUGGAUUCUUUGUUUAAGUUCAAUAAAGUGGCCGUCUUUUCAUGUCAAGAUUAUACUUUAUCCUGCUGACUUGUACUGAAAUUUUCAACAUACCUUUAAUAGCAUAUAAGAGCGCACUUGUUCCCGGAAGUUUAGUAGUACAAAAACAGGAACGAACUUCUGAUCUGAACAACAGGCCGAAAGUGCCCUCCUAUUAUAAUAUCAUAAUUUUCUUUUAUUAUUUAAAAGAAAUUUUCAACAAGGAUUCAACGGUGAUCCAAAGUCUUUCUUUCUUAAGCUUUCAUUUGAUACUAAAAUUACCCAAAUAGUGUUCUUAUUCAGAAGUGGAUUUAGAGGGGAUCCCCCCCUUUCCCCUUUUGUGGGGAAACAUUUGGUUGAUUAUUUAGGGAAAGGGAAUCACUGCAGCAGGCUCCCUCUUAUAGCAGUCAAUGGGCCCCUACCCUUAUGAAAAUUUCUGGAUCCGCCACUGUUAUUUACAAAGUACAGCAAAGCGUAGGAACUAUGUGGUUUAAAAUAUGGACUACUUUCUUGUAUGUUCUUUCUGACCGGGCCCAAAUAAGUGGUUCUAUACUAGAAAGAUGAAUAUACACUUGUUGAGUACACAGAUGUGCGACGAGAUAGUGUUAAUUACCAUGUUCAUGACGAAUUUGAUUCAAUCUCCAUAGAUAACUUCAGGCAAAAGGAAUUGUAUCAUUCAUGAUAAAUUGUCAGUUAUCGACUGAACCGGCAAAAAUGAACCUGCUACUGAAAUUGCAUAUGACUUUGACCAUAAUAUUGCUUUUCAAAGGCUAACAGAAAGUAAAUGUGAUGAUAUUUUUUAAAAGAAAAAUCAUAUUUGAUGCCGUUCUUGCUUGAUACGUUUAUUCAAUUUUUUUUCAGAAUAAAUUAUUUGAUAGA